GCCCUCCAAGUAGAUUUCUAAUGGGGCUGCCUGCUUCGGAGCCAAGGCACCACGAGUUCUUCCUAGAACGCACGACAUUGGGUUUCCAGCCUCGCCGGAGGAGGACGGAGAUGCAACUUCUAGUGGGUUUUCUCCUCGUGCUGAUCUCCAGCUCCCUGCCGCACCUUUGCUCCUCGUCGGCUGUUAAUCCAUCGGCGACAGAUGUGAAGGUCGGUCUCAUUCUCGAUUCCGAGAAGUUGGGAGGCAGAAAUAUUGGCUUAUGCGUAGACAUGGCCAUGGAGGAUUUCUACUCCAACAGCAGCAGCCACUCCAAGCGGCUCGUCCUACAAAGACGCCCAUACAACAGUGACAUGGUUGGAGCGGUUUCUGCUGCCACUGAUCUUCUGGAGAACGUCGAGGUGGAAGCAAUUCUCGGACCGCGGAGUUCCGGGGAAGCGGAAUUCGUGGCCAAACUGGGAGACAGGGCUCGGGUUCCCGUCAUUUCCUUCACGGCGACGAGCCCCUCCUUGUCUUUGGACAAGGAUGGCUACUUCCUUCGAGCUGCGCAGAGCGAUGCGAACCAGGUGGACGCCAUAGCGGACAUCGUGAAAGCUUACGGGUGGGGAGAGGUCGUCCUCGUUUACGAAGGCAGCGAGUUCGGGAGGGGAAUGAUCCCCUACUUGACGGACGCGCUUCAGCAGAUGAACGUCAAGGUGCCCAGCAGAUCCAUCCUUGCUAAUAGCCAGAGUGAGGAUCAGAUCAAGGAAGAGCUCUACAGGCUGAAGGGUAUGCAGACUCGAGUCUUUGUGGUGCAUAUGGGAUGGGCACCUCUGGGGAGGCGACUUUUCAAACUGGUGCGUGAGUUGGAGAUGCUGACCGAUGGGUACGUUUGGAUCGUCACGAAUGGGAUUGGAAAUCAGCUGGUUUCGUUAAACCCGUCGGAAAUUGCUUCCAUGGAAGGGGUGUUAGGCUUGACAACCUUCGUGCCCAAGUCGGAAAAGUUGGACGAUUUCAAGGUGCGAUGGCGGCAGAGAAUCUGGUCCAAGUCCAACCUCACCCACGUUGAAGAACCGCCAUGGGAUCCCGACAUCUUCUGUUUGUGGGCAUAUGACACCGUCUGGGCCCUGGCUUCAGCAGUAGAAAGAACAGAAGCCGGGAACAUCAAGCACCACCAACGUGGAAACGGCCGCUCCAACUCGACGGGAGUGUUCGGGAAUUUGGGAGUCUCCUCAACCGGGCCAAGCAUAUUGCACGAGAUGCGACGCAAUCCAUUGCAAGGUUUGAGUGGUGAUUUCGAUCUCCGAAACGGGCAGUUAACCACCGAAGACUUUGAGAUACUGAAUCUGAUCGGACGUGGAGAAAAAAGAGUGGGGUUCUGGAAGAAGGCGACCGGACUCUCAAGAACCGGAAAGGUGGACGGCGGACAGAAGGAUUCCAGUCUUAAGACGGUGAACUGGCCUGGUGGUACGACGGCGACGCCGAGAGGGUGGGAAAUUCCAACCAGCGGGAAGAAACUGAUAAUAGGAGUGCCGGUAAAGCUUGCGUUCACCGAAUUUCUGAAGAUCCAGAGGAACCCGACGGACGGCAGCACGGCCGUGGAGGGUUAUUGCAUAGACGUUUUCAAUAUGGUGUUGCAAAACAUGCCGUACUAUCUGCCCCAUAAGUUCGUCCCUUUUGAAGACGCCGAAGGGAAGCCCAAUGGAACUUACAAUGAACUUGUCUACCAAGUUUUUCUUGGGAAUUUCGACGCAGUGGUGGGUGAUACGACUAUCAGGGCAAGCAGAACCAAAUACGUGGAUUUCACGUUGCCCUACACGGAGACUGGUGUGUCCAUGAUUGUGCGGAUGAAAGCCGGAAGGAAGUCGAACCCUUUCAUAUUCUUGAAGCCAAUGACGGCCCAGCUUUGGGUGGUCAGUGGAGUUUUCUUUGUCUGGACUGGUUUGGUGGUAUGGAUUUUAGAGCAUCGAAUCAACGAUGAGUUCAGAGGACCUCCCUUGAAGCAGUUUGGCUUGGUCUAUUACUUUGCCUUCUCCACCAUGGUCUUUGCUCACAGGGAGAAGCUCCAAAGCAACUUGUCCCGCGUUGUAGUGAUCGUGUGGGUGUUUGUGGUGCUGAUACUGACGCAGAGCUACACGGCCAGCCUGACCUCCAUGCUCACCGUGCAGCAGCUCCAGCCCACCGUCACCGACAUUCAAACUCUCCUAAGAAAUGGGGAGAGCAUUGGUUACCAGAAUGGAUCGUUCGUCCGCGACAUGUUGAUCGAUCAACUGAAUGUUCCCAAAAAUAAACUCAAGGCGUACAAUUCCCCAGAAGAAUACGCAGAUGCACUCACCAAUGGCAGCAAGAAUGGUGGCGUUGGAGCCAUUUUCGAUGAAAUCCCACUCAUUAAGCUCUUCCUCGCGAAAUACUGUGAUGGCUUCGCCAUGGUUGGACCUGUUUACAGAGCAGAAGGAUUUGGCUUCGUAUUCCCGAAAGGUUCGCCCUUAGUUUCUGAUGUUUCGAGGGCAAUACUGAACGUUACGGAGGGAGAUAAGAUGAUGGAGAUCAACAAGGCACUUUUUGGGAACCAGACUUGUGUAAAUGCGGGAAGAAAAGUGGAAUCUGACAGGUUGUCCGUCACCCGUCUGUGGGGACUCUUCCUCUUAACAGGGACAACUUCAUUGAUGGCGCUUCUUGUUUUCUUCCUUCGUUUCUUUUACAACUAUCUCAAGACUGUUAAGGUUGAGGACACUUUCACAGGGCCGACGACUUGGCUGCAGAGAGUAAAAGCAGUCAGAAUGAACACCAUGUUGAAGCACUUUGAUCAGAAGGACAUGUCUUCACACACUUUCAGAAACACGCGAGAAGGAGGCAGCAGGAGAGACAUGAGAAUCCAUCCAUUGAGCAUUCCAAACAGUGGUGAAGAACCUCCUCAUGAUAUUGUAAUUGCCUCCGCUUAGCGAGAUAUUCCCAAUAAUUGGCCUAUUACAGGAAAUAACUUGCAGCUUGUGAGAUAGCGGUAGGUCGUAUCGUUGUAAGAUGUGAUCGUUAACUUUCCAGUUUCCUAAUUGCCAGA